AUGUCCAACUUCCCAUACAACAGUCAACUUGACGCGUUCGAACUCUUCCACCUCGUGCAAGAACAAGAUGCGCUUCCUUCACCCAGGCCGCGCCGGUCCCAAGCCCUGGAAGCCCUCGGCCACGCGCUUUCGGGCUCCUUAGGUUCCGCCAUCUCGAAUGCAGCGCUCUACCCUGUCGACCUGAUCAUCACGCGGCUCCAGAUCCAGCGCCAGCUCCGCAAAGACCAGGCCACGCCGAGCCAGGACGAGUACAAGGGCUUCGUCGACGGUGUACAGAAGAUCUACCACAACGAAGGAGGCCUCUCAGGCUUGUAUACGGGGUUGUUGCAGGACACGGGCAAGACCAUCGCGGACGCGUUCCUGUUCUUCUUGAUCUACAGUUUUCUCCGGGAUCGGGGGAUCGCGAGGCACGCACGGCUCAAUGCAGGCAAGAAGGUGGAAUUGCCGGCUUUAGAGGAACUGGGCGUGGGAUUUGUGGCAGGGAGUUUGACAAAGUUGGCGACGACGCCCAUUGCGACUAUAGUGACGAGGAAGCAAGCUGCCGCGUUUAUGAGCACGAGCACGGAAAGCCAGACGGGGGAAGGGCAGCAGACACAAUCGAGGUCGACACCCACGGCACGGCAGAUCGCCCAAGAUAUCCUCGACGAGAAAGGCCCGCUCGGGUUCUGGUCCGGGUACUCAGCCAGUCUGGUCUUGACGUUGAACCCAUCCAUCACGUUCUUCCUCUUCGAAACACUCAAGAAGAUCCUGCUGCCACGCGACCGACGACAAAACCCGCCGCCGAGUCUCACCUUCCUCUUUUCUGCCGUCAGCAAGGCAUGCGCAUCGAGUCUCACGUACCCGUUCAGCCUGGCCAAAGCGCGCCUGCAAGCCGGCGGUGUAUCGUCCGCGCACGAAGAGCGCGACGAGAAGAAGGUGGUGGGACAAGAUUUCGGGCGCAAAGGGACGCAAAAAGCCGCUCGUGCAACCAUCUUCAGCACUGUCCUGGCCAUUGCGCAGACCGAGGGUCCCCAAGCACUGUACGAGGGCUUGCACGUAGAGGUGCUGAGAGCGUUUUUCUCCCACGGCAUCACCAUGUUGGUCAAGCAGUUCAUCCAGCGGCUGCUCGUGCGGGCGUACUACUUGCUGUCCAUCAUAUUGGGGCGAUAUAAGCGGCGCCGCAAUGCCGCCGCAAAACGGCUCUCGGACAAAGCCAAGGCCAGCGUCGAGUACUACAACCUGGCGAUGGCGCGGGCGGGUCAGAAGAUCGAGGAGGCCGGCGCAAGCGUGCGGCGGAAGGCGAAUGAGACGGCCGAGUUUGUGGGCGAGUAUGUACAGGAGGAUGAGGAGUUAGGGGAGAAGUGGAAGGAAUUGUACGGGACGGUGGGUUUGAGUAGGUGGUUUGAUAAGAUCAGCGACGAGCGGUAG